GUCAAGAGUUGGACUAUCAUGGGAACGAAGUGUUGCUGCCCUCCUCUGGUGUGGAGAACGUCAUGCUCAUGCGCCAGAGCAGGAUGGUGAUUGGUCAAAGUGCCCUUUCACUUCUGAGAACUAAAAUGAAAAGAAAAUGAAACUGACUGUCAAAUGAAGCCAUAAGGACAUAGCAACAAAACAGUGUACUGUGACAUUACUGGAGAGCAAUGUCUGUAAUUAAAUUCAUCCCCCUUGUUGCCCUUAUAGUCAUAGUAGCUCUGGGCUCCAGUGACGCCGUGCAGUUUCCAGGGCUUGGGUUGAUAACUGAUUGCAUUGACAAAAAGUGUGGUGUACGUAUCCGUUCCUGCAUGAGGGCCAACGAAUGGGAGAUUAACAGAGGUGCCAAAGGUUGCAUUGUCGGGCAGUGUAGGAAUGCUCUGAAACUGUGCUUGAAAGACUUUCCAAGUGGCUUGAUUGACACUGCCAAAACUGUGGCCAAACUUGCUGAGGAUUUUGUUGAUGUUGGCCUUGAUGUGUUCUCCGACUCCUAUCUACAAUGUUGGCUGGACAUGGAUAUCUUCAAUGGGACUCAGCUCACAGACUGUGUGAUUGAUGACCUCCUAAACAGAAUGGAGCCUUAUAUCAAUCUGAUUGGCUCCAUGGUCUUCAGUGAUCCAGCCUAUAUGGCCUGCUGGAUGGUUCAGGUGGGAAGGGCAUUCACCUCCAUGGUGAUCAAUGCCAAUGAAGACACCAAGUACACCACACAAAUGGAACUGAACAUGGAAGCUGAAGCAGAGAGGAACCUUUAUGACUACAUGACGUGUAUAGCAUCAAAAAAUACAAAGGAUGAGAGGUGUGUUCACGCUUGGAAUCGUGUUCUUGGAACACCAAAAUGGAUGAAGCAGAAGAGCAAAGACCUAGGUGUUGCAGUGAUCCAAGACAUCAUAACAGCAUCCAUAAAAUGCAGAAAGUCCUGACUGAAACCAACACACUCUGGAAAUAUAUCGACUACCCGGUCUCUUUCUCUGAUUGACACACAUGCAUGCGCCCCCACACACCAAACUCAUUACUCCAUUGUAUUUAAAGGUGCAUCUUGUAAGAUUGUGGCUAGAUUAAGUAUUGCAACUAUUCUGCAUUGAAACUGUGCUGCCUAUUGCCAAAUGUGAUCUUUUCAUGAAUAUUACUAAAUAAUAAAGCAAUUUUUACUAGUUUGACCAAAGGACAGGUUUUGCAGCAUAAAAAUGCCUAUAUCUGGAAAUUCAAAAUGGUGGACCAUGGAGAAGAUCCCCCUUUUCAUGUACAGUGUAAAAUGCCAUUUUCCCAAUCAAAAUGAAUACUUAGAAUGUAAUG